AUUGUAUCCUAUCAGCGGAGGAGAGAGUGAUGUCACCUGCGAGUUGGUAACCUACGAGCGGCUGUGAAGGAAACUGUUUAACCGGAUCCCAUUGUACCCGGAGCGCAGAGCCGCCUUUCCAGCAUGCAGGGGCUGCUCAGAGUGUAGUCACUCAAGAAGUAGAACAGAAUUCAGCCAUGGCCCCAAGGAAGAGAGGUGGACGGGGGAUUUCAUUCAUCUUUUGCUGUUUCCGCAAUAAUGAUCACCCAGAAAUCACGUAUCGGCUGCGAAAUGAUAGCAACUUUGCACUUCAGACCAUGGAGCCAGCGUUACCCAUGCCCCCUGUGGAGGAGCUGGACGUCAUGUUCAGUGAACUCGUGGAUGAACUUGACCUCACAGACAAACACAGGGAGGCCAUGUUUGCACUUCCAGCUGAGAAAAAAUGGCAAAUAUACUGUAGCAAGAAAAAGGAUCAGGAAGAAAACAAGGGAGCGACAAGUUGGCCUGAAUUCUACAUUGAUCAGCUCAAUUCCAUGGCUGCUAGAAAAUCUCUGCUCGCAUUAGAGAAGGAAGAAGAAGAAGAGAGAAGUAAAACUAUAGAGAGCUUGAAGACGGCACUAAGGACAAAACCAAUGAGGUUUGUUACCAGAUUCAUCGACUUGGAUGGCCUAUCAUGUAUUCUCAACUUUCUAAAGACCAUGGACUACGAGACCUCGGAGUCUCGCAUACAUACCUCUCUCAUUGGAUGUAUAAAAGCGCUAAUGAACAACUCUCAAGGUCGGGCUCAUGUCCUGGCUCAUUCUGAGAGUAUUAAUGUAAUUGCUCAGAGUCUGAGCACAGAGAACAUUAAAACAAAGGUGGCUGUGCUGGAAAUCUUGGGCGCCGUGUGCCUGGUUCCCGGGGGCCACAAGAAGGUUCUGCAGGCCAUGCUGCACUACCAGAAGUAUGCCAGCGAGAGAACCCGCUUUCAGACAUUAAUUAAUGACUUGGAUAAAAGCACAGGGCGGUAUCGGGAUGAAGUGAGUCUCAAGACUGCCAUCAUGUCCUUCAUCAAUGCAGUGCUGAGCCAAGGUGCAGGCGUGGAAAGUUUGGACUUUAGACUUCAUCUUCGCUAUGAAUUUCUGAUGUUAGGAAUUCAACCUGUCAUAGAUAAACUAAGGGAACAUGAAAAUUCAACGUUAGACAGGCAUUUAGACUUCUUUGAAAUGCUCCGAAAUGAAGAUGAACUAGAAUUUGCCAAAAGAUUUGAACUGGUUCACAUAGACACAAAAAGUGCGACUCAGAUGUUUGAGCUGACCAGGAAGAGGCUCACCCACAGUGAAGCUUACCCUCACUUCAUGUCUAUCCUGCACCACUGCCUCCAAAUGCCUUACAAGAGAAGUGGCAACACCGUUCAGUACUGGCUCCUACUAGAUAGAAUUAUACAGCAAAUAGUUAUCCAGAAUGACAAAGGACAGGACCCUGACUCUACGCCUUUGGAAAACUUUAAUAUUAAGAAUGUCGUACGGAUGUUGGUUAAUGAAAAUGAAGUUAAGCAGUGGAAAGAACAAGCAGAAAAAAUGAGAAAAGAGCACAAUGAGCUACAACAGAAAUUGGAAAAGAAAGAGAGAGAAUGUGACGCCAAGACCCAAGAGAAGGAGGAGAUGAUGCAGACCUUAAAUAAAAUGAAAGAGAAGCUUGAAAAGGAGACCACUGAGCAUAAGCAAGUCAAGCAGCAGGUGGCGGAUCUGACGGCCCAGCUGCAUGAGCUCAGCAGGAGGGCCGUCUGUGCUUCAAUCCCAGGUGGACCUUCGCCUGGGGCCCCAGGGGGGCCCUUUCCCUCCUCUGUGCCAGGGUCUCUCCUUCCUCCCCCACCACCCCCACCUCUGCCAGGAGGAAUGCUUCCUCCUCCUCCUCCUCCCCUCCCCCCUGGGGGGCCUCCGCCUCCCCCAGGUCCUCCUCCCUUGGGGGGAAUCAUGCCACCUCCUGGUGCUCCGCUGGGUCUGGCACUAAAGAAGAAGAACAUUCCUCAGCCCACCAAUGCCCUGAAAUCCUUCAACUGGUCCAAGCUGCCGGAGAACAAGCUGGAAGGAACAGUAUGGACUGAAAUUGAUGAUUCAAAAGUCUUCAAAAUUCUAGAUCUUGAAGACCUGGAACGAACUUUCUCUGCCUACCAAAGACAGCAGGACUUCUUUGUGAGCAGUAACUCCAAGCAGAAAGAAGCAGAUGCCAUCGAUGACACACUGAGUUCCAAACUAAAAGUCAAAGAGCUUUCGGUGAUUGAUGGUCGGAGAGCUCAGAAUUGCAACAUCCUUCUAUCGAGGUUGAGAUUAUCCAAUGAUGAAAUCAAACGAGCAAUUCUAACAAUGGAUGAGCAGGAAGAUCUGCCCAAGGACAUGCUGGAACAGCUCUUGAAAUUCGUUCCUGAAAAAAGUGACAUUGACCUUCUGGAGGAACAUAAACAUGAGCUGGAUCGGAUGGCCAAGGCUGACAGGUUCCUCUUUGAGAUGAGCCGAAUUAAUCAUUAUCAGCAAAGAUUGCAGUCGCUGUACUUCAAAAAGAAGUUUGCAGAGCGUGUCGCAGAAGUUAAACCUAAAGUGGAAGCGAUCCGCUCUGGCUCAGAAGAGGUGUUUAGGAGCAGUGCCCUGAAGCAGUUGCUGGAAGUGGUUUUGGCAUUUGGAAAUUACAUGAAUAAAGGCCAAAGAGGCAAUGCAUAUGGAUUCAAGAUAUCCAGCCUAAACAAGAUUGCUGACACAAAAUCCAGUAUUGACAAGAACAUUACACUUUUGCACUAUCUCAUAACUAUUGUGGAAAAUAAAUAUCCCAAGGUUCUCAACCUCAAUGAAGAACUGCGGGACAUUCCUCAAGCAGCAAAAGUAAACAUGACGGAGCUGGACAAGGAAAUAAGCACCUUGAGAAGUGGCCUGAAAGCGGUGGAGAUGGAGCUGGAAUAUCAGAAGACUCAGCCCCCCCAGCCUGGAGACAAGUUUGUGUCCGUUGUCAGCCAGUUCAUCACAGUGGCCAGCUUCAGCUUCUCUGAUGUUGAAGAUCUUCUAGCAGAAGCUAAAGAUCUGUUUACUAAAGCAGUGAAACACUUUGGGGAAGAGGCUGGCAAAAUGCAGCCAGAUGAGUUCUUUGGCAUUUUCGAUCAGUUUCUCCAAGCUGUGUCAGAAGCCAAACAAGAGAAUGAAAACAUGCGAAAGAGGAAGGAGGAGGAAGAGCGCCGAGCACGCAUGGAAGCUCAGCUCAAAGAACAGCGUGAAAGGGAACGUAAAAUAAGAAAAGCUAAGGAGAAUAGCGAGGAAGGCGGCGAGUUCGACGACCUGGUUUCAGCUCUGCGCUCAGGAGAAGUGUUUGACAAAGACCUCUCUAAACUGAAACGGAAUCGCAAACGCAUUACCAACCAGAUGACGGACAGCAGCCGAGAGAGACCUGUCACAAAACUUAAUUUCUAAUUUUCCUUGAAAACUUUUUUAGAAAGCUCAUUAGCAGCCCUUUGAAGUGACUAGAACUUUUCAUUACACUGCCUUGCAAUCCGAACAGUGGCAAUUUCUCCUUUCAUCUGUGAGUACAGGUGUGAGUGUGUGUGUAUGUAAAUGUAUGUGUAUAUGUAUAUUAAAAAUGUAUAUAGAAGUCUGAGUGUUGUCUGGAGACCUAUCUGUAUGGUUUUUAAAAACCUACCGUGAUGUUUGUGCCCAGAAGCCCUUGGUGUAUGCAUUCAUAUUGAGUGUGGCUCGUCUUCUUCCCUGAACACCACGCCUGUUCAGAAGCACAAUACUAUCUCCUGAAAGAGAUGACAGAGACAUUCCCUAGAGUAAAAAGACAAAAAAAAAAAAAAAAAAAAAGCUUGAAAUAUUAUAUGGUUUCCAAGCUUGGUACGCUCUGGAAUUAUUCUCAUUGGUGAAGCUGCAAGUUAAAUUUGGCUCAGCUUGAACUUGAGUGCUGGAGGGAUUUAGAUUUGAUGGUGAAACACCGGACUUACUAAAGACACAGAUUUAAAGUGGUUUUGGUGGUUGCCCAUGUGAUGCCGGUGCCUCGCAUCAGGACCUGCAGGGCCAGCUCCGAUUUCUGACGUGGGUGUAGGGAGGCGUCUGUAACUGUUCGUGGAGGACAUCUUGCACACAAUCUGAAUUAUGUAGAAUGUCAGUCAGAAUCUUUUCAUCUAUUUAAAACUUGGACAUCAAUUUUUUAUUCUUAAUUUCACUGAGUUCUCUGCCAAGCAUCCUAAUGAUUUCUUUACAUUGCUUUUGGGAAGAACACUGUUUAUCUAAAUGCAAUCUGUGCUCUUGUUAAAGAAAAAGACUGCCAGAAUGUGCUUGUUCUAACAAUCGAGAUAUAGAAACUUUAAAAAUAAAACUCCCACCCAAGACCUAAAAGGAGGGAUUCUCUGAAGGAUUAAAAAUUAUUUUUAAAAUUGUUUAUGGGGUGCCUUCCCUUUUUUUUUUUUUUUUUUUUUUUUGGUAUUAUCUAUUUUCAGUUUUUUUAGGACAAGCUGCAUCUUCUGUAAAUAUAAGUCUGGACGAAAGAAUACUUAGUAAAUGCACAAAAUGUCAACAACACCAACAGAGAUGCCGAGAUCUAUUUAGCUCUAAGUAUGUCUGAAGUGCUUUCCUGUUAUAUGUUGUCAUUUUAAAUUGUGUGUCAGUAAAGCUACCUGUAAAACUUCAGUCCAAAAGAUAAAGCUCUCAGGGAGAAAUGGAUAAAAACAAUGAACAUUAGAAAAUAAAAUAUAGAUACUUACCAUUAACCUACCAACUCUUAAUAUCUUUAAAUUAUAUGGUAUAUAAAGGGGGCUGUUACUUUUUUUUUUUUUUUUGGCUUUGCUUUAUUUAUUUGUAGUGGGGGAGGAGGGCUAAGGGUCUCUCUUUUCUUUCCAUCUAUCCUGUUGUGGUUGGGUUUCCUGUGGAGAGAGUAGUUUGUCUUGUUGCACUAGAACGUUAUUUACUCACUAAAUGGAGUUUUUCAGUCAAUUAACAAAUAUUUAUUAAACACCUACUAUGUGUCAAGCAUAGUAGGGCUACAAUGGUAAGCAAGACAGAGUCCCUGCCCCCAAGGAAUUCAUGUUCUAACGGGGAUGUUAGGGGUGAAUAAAAUACCAAUGCGUGCGCUGUACAGGAAUCGUGCUAUUUAAAAAUAGUUUGUAUAAACUAUAAUGCUUAGCGUGGACGGCAAGGUCCCUGCGCUGUGUGGAAGCUGUGAAAUAAUGCUCUAAGCGUUGUCAAGAGCUGUGGUUUUCAUUUUCCCCUUCAUUGCAAACUUAGUGACUUUCUACGAUUAAUAGAAGUAAAUGACUAGCAAAUAAAACAUAAAUACACAGCAGAGGUUGGGCUCCCCCAACCUUUAGUUACCAAGGUCUGCAAAUACACCACAUUAAAGGUGCAGGCAGAGACUGUUCCAAAAAGGCUGGAGAUGAGGAGGAGUGGGAUAUGCUGGUGGAUUUGUCUAUUCCUUAACUAAAGUGCCUCUAUAUAUAUUCUUUUCUAUUUAUAGCAGGAGAAUUUGGUCUGGCUCCAUUUGGGGACUGUAUUUUGAAAAUGGCUUUGUUUUACAGUUUAAGGACUAGACAAGUGGUUGGAGAGUCACUAAAGGAGCAAGCUGUGUGUCAUGUCCCUCUUGCCCUUUCCCAUCAUCCUCAUUUUGAGAUGACCAUCCUGGUUUGCCUCCUAUGCCAUUUCCAUUUUUUGGUUUCUUUCCCCAAAAGCUGUGUGCAGGUAAUUCCAUGUGCCAUGUUGGGAAAAAAAAAUCUACUUUUUUAGAUUGGUGCUGGUGUAAGUAGCCACUUUUCUCUCUUGGGUGUGUAUUUUAAAUUUUGUGUUUUUUUAAAUUAAUGCCAAAAAGAAAAAGCAUUAUAAUUUGUAAACUUAAUUGUAUGUCUUGUAUCUUAUUAGCUUAGUAGUUGGACCCACUUAGUCUUUAGGUGCAAAAUUGUUGCUAUAGUACCAAGAAGAAAAUGUUGUAUGUGUUAUGAAAUUGUACAUUUUUUUAAAUAGCAAUAUGCAAUAAAGAGAUGAAUUCAUUGGGUGUA